AAUUGGUGGUGUGGUGUGUUCUUCUUUAUCACCAAAUGUAUUAACAACCACAAUAUUGAUCAUCGAUCCCUUCAACGACUCUCCUAAGUCUCUAAUCUCUUGACUUUUUUCUGCUAUAUAUACCGCUUCCCAUUCCAAGUAAUUCUCACACUUUCAAACACACACACACACACAUAUAUAAAUAUCAACUUAAUAAAAAGAAAGAAAAGAUAAAACCAUGGCAACCCUAGCUUAUUCACUACUAGUUUUUGCUCUUCUCACACUUUCAAUCUCAUCUGCCGUGAAUUCACUGAGCUUGAAUUACUACGACGACACGUGUCCACAUGUAGAGUAUGUGGUUGCCAACGCUGUAAAGAAAGCCAUGUCAAACGACAAAACAGUUCCGGCUGCUCUGCUCCGCAUGCACUUUCACGACUGCUUCAUCAGAGGGUGUGAUGCGUCAGUGUUGCUAGAUUCAACGAAAAAACACAAAGCAGAGAAAGAUGGGCCUCCUAACAUUUCAUUGCAUGCGUUUUAUGUCAUUGACAAUGCUAAGAAAGCUGUUGAAGCUAUGUGUCCUGGUGUCGUUUCUUGUGCUGAUAUAUUAUCUCUUGCUGCUCGUGAUGCCGUUGCUCUGUCUGGGGGUCCUACUUGGAAGGUACCAAAAGGCAGAAAAGAUGGGAGAAUAUCAAAGGCAAGUGAGACCAGACAAUUACCAGCUCCCACCUUCAAUAUCUCUCAACUCCAACAAAACUUUGCUCAACGAGGCCUUUCCCUUAAAGAUUUAGUUGCUCUCUCAGGAGGGCACACACUAGGAUUCGCCCACUGCUCAUCGUUCCAGAACAGACUCCACAAAUUCAAUGCCAGCGUGGACGUUGACCCCACACUUCAGUCGUCGUUUGGGGCGAGCCUGAGAAAUAUUUGUCCAGCUCACAACAAAGUGAAGAAUGCGGGGACCACCUUGGAUUCCACGUCGACAAUAUUCGACAAUGCCUACUACAAACUACUUCUGCAAGGCAAGAGUAUUUUCUCUUCAGACCAAUCUCUACUCACCACCCCACCAACUAAGGCCUUAGUCUCCAAAUUCGCUGCUUCUAAACAAGACUUCGAUAAAGCCUUCGUUGAGUCGAUGAUCAAGAUGAGUAGCAUCCAUGGUAGUGGCCAAGAAAUUAGGCUCAACUGCAAGGUCGUUAAUUAAUUAAUUAAUUAGUUUUUUUUCUUUCAAUAUAUUAUUAUAAAUUUCUCCAUCAAUCGAUCGUUUAAUAAUUGAAGAAGAGGAGUGAUAAGAUGAACCAAACCAAUUAAGAUGCAUGUAAUGAUUAGUAAGUUUGAGUUUUUUGUUUGUUUGUGUGGGAUUAUAUAUUGUAAUUAUUAUUGUUGUAUCACUUUGCUUUAGUUUGUUACCGUUAUAAUUAAAGUGAACGUACGGUAACAAAUUAAAAUCAAAGUUUUGGGAAUCCAGUUUGGUGUACUACGUGUAAGUGUAGCUCAAUUUUUUCAAUUAAUUAUAACUUUGAUUGGGGUUAUUCCAGUUUGAUCAUAAAA